UGCAACGGUGAAAGUUAAUGCAUGACAGAAUUGUAAGCGUGCCAUCAGAAUGUUGAGGUUGGAUGUACACAUUGUCAUGAUUAACCGACUUUUACCCUUCUAUCGCGCGCCUCGAAGCUUUGAGCCUCUGAGGGCAGCCCCUGCAUCACCUUGCUUUAUUCUUUAAAUCUUUGUUCACAACUUGUACUACUCGCUCAAGAUACUACUUCCUUUUGGAUCUUUUUGGUGCUGUAUCCUCUAGGUUUGUCCUAUCCUUAGAAUUGCUCGCCGAGUGAUUCGAGCGAUACGAAACGCAAAUUGCCGACAUUCUUGGACUUUUGCUGUAAUCGCCACUUUACCGCCAAACCUCAAACCGCCUACACCCCGAUCGAGAACCGAAGAUGAACGCGCCUGAUCGUUUCGAGCUGUUCCUGCUCGGAGAGGGCGAGAAGAAGAUCGAGGAAAAGGUCUUCUCAGGAAUGUCCAAUACCUCCGAUUUUGUCCUCAUGAAAGAAGACCACACUCUUGGUAACCUUCUCUCCGAGCACCUGAAGAUGCAUCCCAAUGUCUACAUGGCUGGGUAUAAGAUCGCUCACCCCAAUGUUCCUGAGCUUUUCAUACGAGUCCAGACAGACGGAACCAUCACCCCUCGCGAUGUCUUUACUUCUGUCUGUGAGAAGCUCAUUAAACAACUCGAGAUGUUGCAUCAGGAGUUCACGCGAGAGUGGGAAUUGAGACGCAUUACCAACACUGGUGAGCAGGGAAACAUGCAGAACGGCCACUGAGUUCCGCGUUCAUUAUCAGGGAUCAUCUAAAACGGACAGGCAUUAUGGACGGUCGGCGUUAGGGGGCUGCAGGUUACUGCUUAUUUAUUUUUAACCA